UUGAUUGGCGCGACGUCAUGGGCCAAGGAGUGCUUCCGUUUCUGCCGAGAGGACGGGGCAAGGGACGAGGAUAACAUGGUCAGCUUGGCAGGAGGCAGAUCUCUCCUCCUCAUGCAGAGGAUUUCGGCCGCUGUGCUUUACCGGCGUGGGAUCAGUUCCCUUUUCUCCAUACCCCCGUCUCCAGAGCCAGCAGCUGCCUGCCGGAGUUUCCCUCAGCCGGUGACGCCAUGGGGAUGCCAGCAGAUCCGGACGAAAGCCCGCGGCAAUGAGUACCAACCCUCAAACCUCAAGAGGAAACACAAGCACGGCUGGAUAAAGCGUAUCCGCACCCGCAGUGGCAUAGAGGUGAUCCUCCGACGGAUGUUGAAAGGCAGGAAGUCUCUGACCCAUUAAGAAAACACAGAAGCUUCAAACCGGCCGCUGGUUCAUUUUGCUAUAAUGCGCUAAAGAGUCCUGCACACCACAAACUGGAACAGAAGGUCUUCCAUUUCUGCAAUGUCUGUGUGGCUCCUUGCCUGGAUUGGAAGCCAAGGAUUUUUCUACAGGGAUUUGCCAACUGAAUCGAAACCGAUAACCUUCAUAGGUGUCAUUGCCGUUCAGGAAUCGAGAUUUAUUUCCCGCCUUUUGGCAAAGCAAAUAAAUAAAAGGCAGUAAAUCCA